UUUUUUUUUUUUUUUCAAUUUUAUAUUUUUACUUUUUCCAGGGUCCCCGGCUGGUUUCUGGACACUGGUUAAUUCUGUUAGUAUUGGACGUGUUCGCGGUUGUGCGCUCCUUCUAUAUUCUCUACUACGGAGAAUAAUCAUUACAGGAAGGGAGUAAAGAGAAUUGGAUUUUACAGUGGUCUUCUCUUGCUGUGCAAAGACACACUCCGACCACCGCAUUCAUUCACAACUUCAAUACUACCUGUCACUCGAGAGUCACUGCAUUCGUCGCUGAUAACGCUCAUUCCGAUCAUCUUCCAUUCCUUCUGCUGUCAUCGCUAUUUCUCCACUGUUUGAGAUCGUCCAGCAUUGCUGUGUCCAAUUUUGAUACGUCAACUCGACCCGCAACGAUAAAAAAGGCGAAACCCAGAGGGUUUAUAUUCUUAGUUAACCUACGAUUCACGACAAACCAACAACCAUGACCAGCCUCAGUCGUGCGUUCACCAAACGCCACAAGCGUCCCGAGGUGUCUGCCCCUAUGCCCUACCGUGAGGGUCAAGUCAAGUUCUCGUCGGGCACUAUUAAACGGGGAAAGAUAUCGGGCCCUGUGCAAUUGGUUUCGACCACCAACAUGCUGGCUUACAAUGCGCCCGAUCUGGGCUCUGCAACAUCAUCUUCAUCCUCGUCCAUACGAUCGCCAGACGACUCGGAGAUGUCGUUCUCCCAGCAGAGCUUCGGAACGCCCAUCACUUCGCCAGAUGACUCGUCCCGGGAUGUUUCGCCCAUCGAGCCGAAUCAAGCAUCAUAUUUCCCCAAACAACAAUUUAUUCCCAAGCGAUCGGCGACAACAGUCAGCCACACUCGGUCAUCCACUUCGACUACUUCUUCUACAGAUGCACCAAUGGUCCCAAGACGGGCGCUAUCGCACACCAAACGAUCCCAUCAGGAGUUGGCCCGGCAGCGUUCGAUUUCAAGGCUAGAUCCUCCGCCACUGAACGUCUCUCGCACCCCGUCAGUUCGUCAAGCACCCGAUCCGUCCUUCAAGACGGAAGCGCAUCCAUUUGGCAAGGAGCUGGAGCAGGUGAAUGAGGUGGCUGAGGAGUUUGGUGGCACCACCCGGCGACUUGACGAAGAAGAAGCUGUUUUGCUCAGCAAGGGCCUCAGGAAAUUCACCGUAGACGAUUAUCUCGUCGAGGUGAAUGAUCUGUACGGAAGCAUUUUCGACGACCAGCUGGGGCCAAUCAGUGUUGCUCAUUGGCUGUGAAUCGUCGGAUCCGGAAUCGGAAUGUCGCUCAAUACGGAAGAGGAGAACAGGCUAUUUUCCCUUCCUGUCAGGCGUCAUCAGUGUACACCACCGUGUGACUUUUCCACUCGUUUUUCAUUUGUACAUGUUUUUUAUGCUAUUUAAUUGUUCUGUGUUCGUUUUGUUAUAUACCAUUUGGGUACUUGACUGAUUACCCCUGCGUUUGUUAUCGGAUCGGUGGCCUUUUCUGUUUUUGUUAUUUAUCAAUGGGAUUACGGAACAUUUACGAGACAAAGAUAUCUGGCGUGAAUGGAAAUGGACUGAAUUGUAUUUGAAGUAAUUAUAUUGAAAUCAUAAUAUUCCGUAGUGAAGUCGCAAUAAUUACAUAGGGUGGGAAACCAUGUGGC